CGAGUUCUUCAGAUGAUCAUCUCUUCCACCCCGCAAAAUAGCGGAGACGCGAUAUUUAUGAAGGCCUCGACACUGAUUGCUUUGUGCAACGUUUGUAUCCUUAUCAAUCAUGUCAGAGCAGCUAGAGCGAGAAGUGGUCCUUACAUCGCAUCAGUCUCCAUCUGGCAAAAUCAGCAUCAUCACACUGAAUCGAGAGAGCAAGUACAAUGCCUUAUCGGGCUUGCACUACAUUCGCUUGUCGAACAUGAUGCGGCAAGUGAGCGAUGAUGCAGAGACAAUUGCAACUAUCCUCAUUGGAACAGGCAAGUUCUUCAGCGCAGGCGCUGAUGUCAAUGCUGCUGGCUCCAUGCCACCCUCUGACGGCGACGUACGAGAGUUCUAUCUCGGCAAAUUCGCAAUCGGCAAUCUUGAUAUCACCCGACAGUUCUUCUAUCACCGUCAUCCGUUGUUCUUCUGCCUCAACGGACCCGUCAUUGGCCUCUCUGCAGCUAUUGUCGCCUUUGCAGACUUUGUCUAUGCUACGCCUGAUACUUACCUCUUGACUCCAUUUGCAAGCCUGGGACUUGCACCGGAGGGUGGUGCUUCCCUCAUGUUCCCACUGAAAAUGGGCUAUGCAUUGGCCAACAGAGCUUUGAUGGCAGGUGAAGCCCUCUCUUGCCAAGAACUCCAAGCUGCUCAAUUCAUAAGCAAGGUCUUCCCCAAGUCUGGAUUUGCAGAUGCUACCUUGAAGCAUAUUGUAUCGCUGCUGGAGGACAAGAAUGUUGAAAGCAUGCAUAUUGCAAAGGCCUUCCUGCAAGACACCCUCAGGAACCAGCUUGAACAGAUGAAUGUCAAGGAGAUUGUCGCUGCCACUGAUCGCUUUACGACCGGUAUUCCUCAAGCCCAAUUUAUGCGACUGGCCACCAAGGACAAGAAACACAAGUUGUAGGCUUGUUUUUUAUGUUUUGUGUAGUUCAAUGUAUGUGACUGUUCUUUCCAGUCGCGUCUUUCGCCUUUCUCGACGCGACUUU